AUGCCUUCUUUCCGACUUUUCAACCUCCCCAACGAGCUGAUCGUUGCGAUCCUCAAGGCAAGCGAGAAGCCCGAUCUCGCAGCGUUCAUCCGAACCUCUCACCUUUCUUGGGAUAUCGGCCACCCCAUUCUGUACGCCCUGACCCUUGAGGAGAAGAAACAGGUUUUCCUCUGGGCUGCACGACACAACCAACCUGGUCUGGUGCAGUAUAUCAUCAACGAUCUUGUCCCCGUUCUUAAGAAAGACGCCGAGUACAGACGCAAUGCCUUUCGACUGGCCUCUACCAGCGGGUGCAUUCAGAUCGUGGGCAUUGCUCUUGACCAUGGGGCCGACCCUGACCUAGCGAAGGCCAUUGGGGCAGACCAGCUUGAAGUCGUCCAGCUCCUCCUAUCCCGCGGAGCCAGGGUUGUGAAUGGGCGCAACCCCCUACACUUUGCAGCAUCAUACGGUGCGAAAAAGGUAGUGGAGUACCUGCUAUCCCCCAACAUCGCAGGCGUGUUUGAUGUGGACAGCCAUGACGACCAAUACAAUACGCCGCUGCUGAAGGCGGCCCGCUAUGGCCACACGGAUGUUAUCAAGGUGCUCCUUGCACACAAGGCCGGCCCCAACUUUAUCAAUGAAGUUGACGAAACCGCGCUGCUGGCCGCGUCGAAAGGGGGCCACGGCGCUGCCGUUAAAGCACUGCUUGACGGAGGAGCCAACGUCAACGGCGUGCCUGUGAUUUCGGUUCUCGUUGAUCUCUCUGAACAGGCUGAUACAAACCCGCUUCUGGCUACAUUCUACGAGCUACUUGAGAAAAAGGCCUUCGGCACGCUUGACGUGCGCCCGGACAUGGAAACGCAGUUGCCAGCCGGCUACCGUGCGACCAUCCGCGCCCUCCUGGACCGCGGAGCGGACAUCACCAAAGUCAACUACUUCACAGGCCUAUCCGCACUUGACUACGCGACUAUCCUUGGUGACCCCGAGGUCCUCCGCUGGAUCCUGGCCCAUCCCCCGGCCAAAUGCCACCUGAACCGCGAGGGCAAGCACGGCCUUGCGCCGCUGAGCUACGCCACGACAAACGGCGCGGUGUGUAAGCUCCUGCUGGACGCCGGCGCCUCUGUUGCCGUCGACAAGAAUCUCGCGCUGAUCCUGGCUGCCAAAUACCGGGGCAAAGGUGCCGCGGAGGUGCUGAUCGCACGGCGUCCACAGCACAUCGACUGUACCAACUCCAUUGGCCAGACUGCCCUGGCGAUGGCUGCUAUGGAGGGCAACAAGGAGAUCGCGCAAAUGCUUAUCAAGGCCGGUGCUGACCUGAAUAAGCCAGAUUGCAUUGGCCAGACGCCGCUUGGGCAUGCCGUUGCCAAUGAGUAUGACGAUGAAGUCGCUUCGUUGCUGCGCCAGGCUGGCGCUCGUCCGGGUAAGCCCUCUGGCGAGUAUCCUGAAGAUCGUCUUCACCUCUGGGAGGAUAUCGUGGAGGCGAUGAGGCAGUUAGAUGAACCGUAA